AUGGACACGUUAAUAUGUAAAGAUAACUUACCAUCGUCAUCAACAUCGACGACUACAACCUCUGAUAGGACAUUGGUUUCGUCAAAUGGAUCUUCUGAUAGUUUUGAAGGACCGGAGAAAUUGCUUGAAAUUUGGUUUGAACCUUCACCAAAUUAUAUAAUUAAAGAUAAUUCAUCGAAUUCAUCGACGAACAUUGGAUUACGCUCUAUAGAGAGAGCAAUAUGGGAUGAUAUGUUAAAUAUUGUUAAAUGUAAAAUAAUAAGCGUGAUUGAAAAUGACCAUGUAGAUGCUUAUUUAUUAAGCGAAUCCUCGAUGUUUGUAUAUCAACAUAAAAUUAUUCUGAAAACAUGUGGAACAACAACUCUCCUCGCUGCUAUACCUCGUCUUUUGAAAAUCGCAUCCGAGUAUUGUCAAUUUCAUAAAGUUUGGAGAGUAUUUUAUUCUCGGAAGAGCUUUAUGUUUCCUGAGCGACAAUCACAUCCGCAUAAUAAUUGGAAAGAUGAGGUUGCUUACUUGGAUCAACUUUUUGAUAACGGUAGUGCUUAUACAGUCGGAAGAAUCAAUGGCGAUCAUUGGUUUUUGUAUAUGACGUCACCACAAGAUGACAUCAUCUCCGAGAAUGAUUCAUCACAAUUACGUCAUCGUGCGGCCUCUUCAAGCACAGAUUGUUCCUUAGACGUUAAUAUGGGAGAUCAAUGUGCAACUAACGAUUUAGACGAUCAGACAGUCGAAGUAUUAAUGACUGAGCUAAGUCCAAAAAUGAUGAAGAAAUUUUAUUGUGAAAAUAUGAAUAACGAUUCAGGAACCGAAGGUGGUGCACGAGUAUACAGAGAAACAGGUUUGAAAAAUCUUUAUCCCUCGGCAAAAUUGGACUCUUUUCUAUUCAAACCUUGUGGAUAUUCUGCGAACGGAUUGCUUGAAGAUAGCUAUUUCACUAUUCAUGUUACUCCGGAACUGAAUUGUUCCUAUGCGUCGUUCGAAACCAACAUCCCAUUAGCACAUGGAACCAUUUCCGAGAUCAUUCACCAGCUGAUAGCUAUUUUUGAACCCGGUAAAUUUAUUGUGACAGUUUUUAAAACUCAAGGAUAUAAUGUUGAUAAGAAGCAUCUUGUCAAUUCUUUGAGUAAUGUUACAGGUUAUGUUCGUAAAGACAGGAUCCUUUACGACUUUGAUGGUUAUGAUUUGGUCUUUGGACAGUUUGAAAAACGGAAUAAAUGA